CGUAACUUCCGGCGCGCCGCGCUCCUUUCUUCGGGCGGCGGCUGGAGCGGAGGCGGGAGGCGCUGCCCUGACUCUCGUUGGCGCGGGGCCGUGGCGUCACCUCCGGGCGGUAGCGGGGCGGCAGCGGCGUGGUGGGCGCGCGGAGGCGGCAGCCCCUCUCCCAAACCCGCCAUGGAUUACCUCUCCAAGCCCGGGUUCCUCAGCAUCCUCGCGGGGGUCGCCUGCGGCGUGUGCCUGGGAUGGGGCAUCCGCGGGCGGCUCCUGCGGCAGCACCGCGCCAUGGCUGCGUCCGCCGGCAGCUGCGGGACCGAAGCCAACAUCAUGGGAGAGUCGGGCGAGUUCAAGAUGGUGCUGAUCGUCCGCAACGAUCUGAAGAUGGGGAAGGGGAAAGUAGCAGCGCAGUGUUCCCACGCGGCCGUUUCUGCCUACAAGCAAGUUCAAAGGAGGAACCCUGAGCUCUUGAAGCAGUGGGAGUACUGCGGGCAGCCCAAGGUGGUCCUCAAAGCUCCCGACGAAGAGACUCUGAUCCAGCUGCUGGCUGAUGCCAAGCGCCUGGGACUGACUGUGAGCUUAAUACAGGAUGCUGGGCGCACUCAGAUAGCGCCAGGCUCCCAGACAGUCCUCGGUAUCGGGCCGGGACCGGCUGAUGUAAUAGAUAAAGUUUCUGGUCAUCUAAAACUCUUCUGAGCUGGGGACCAAAGAAAUUUGAGCACACCGGUAUACAUCAGUGCUGAAGGGGUAAAAUCCAACAUUGGGGAUGUUUCCAUGUGUUCUCCGAGUAGAAAUAAAGUUACUUUUUUUUUGUAAAAGA